CGGGACCAAUGAGAGGCUGGGAAGUGCGGGGAUUUAACUCGAGGGGAGGGGGCGGGUGAAGCAGCCCCGGGAAACUCGUGCCUUGGGGUCGGCGCGAGGCUUGGGCAGGUUUUUAAAAGGUUUGUGAGUCUCUAAGAGAACACCACAAGGUUCUCUGAGAAGAGGGAAGUAUGAUCACCUUCAUGAACAACUCUGACAGCGAAGAGGAACCCUGUAAUGAGAGAACAUCCCUGAUGUCAGCAGAGAGCCCCCUCCUGCCCCCUUACCACGAUGUUUCACAAACCCCUGCAGCAACAGAAACUCAGACACACAGGAAAAGACGUACUGGAAGCAGUGGCUCUAACAAAACCGCUGAUGGAAAUGUGCCUGAACCAGAUGGUGCAGCAAGAGGAUCUGUUGCCCUGGACAAUGUGGAGGAAGAACUGACCCUAAAAUAUGGAGCGAAACAUGUGAUCAUGUUGUUUGUGCCUGUUACGCUAUGUAUGGUUGUGGUAGUCGCCACCAUAAAAUCAGUACGGUUCUAUACUGAGAAGAACGGGCAGUUAAUUUAUACCCCAUUUAGUGAGGACACACCUUACGUGGGCCAGCGUCUCUUGAGCUCUGUGCUGAAUACCCUCAUCAUGAUCAGUGUCAUACUAGUAAUGACAAUCUUCUUGGUUGUGUUAUAUAAAUACCGCUGCUACAAGUUCAUUCAUGGUUGGCUCAUUCUCUCAUCUCUGAUGCUUCUGUUCCUCUUCACCUACAUCUAUCUAGGUGAAGUGCUAAAGACCUACAAUGUGGCAAUGGAUUACCCAACCCUGUUCUUUGUCAUUUGGAAUUUUGGAGCUGUUGGGAUGAUAUGCAUCCAUUGGAAGGGACCCCUGCAACUCCAGCAAGCUUAUCUCAUCAUGAUCAGUGCCUUGAUGGCUUUGGUUUUUAUCAAAUACCUGCCUGAGUGGUCAGCCUGGGUCAUUCUGGGAGGCAUUUCCAUUUAUGAUCUGGUAGCAGUUUUAUGCCCCAAGGGACCACUCCGAAUGUUGGUGGAGACAGCACAAGAGAGAAACGAACCCAUAUUCCCUGCACUUAUUUAUUCCUCUGCUAUGAUAUGGACUGUAGGAAUGGCAAAACCAGACGGCGUACGGAGAGGAUCUUCUGAAGAAACAUGGGAUCUAGCUGAAGGGGCUGAAAACCAUCAGAAUUCCUCAUACACUGAUCCUGAAGUUGCUGAGAGGAGGCACUUAACAGAUGGUCAGGCUGGCCAACGAGUUGAACGAUCUGAUCGACAACUUGGUCAAAUGGGACACAACCUAGAAGAAAUGGAGGAAGAAGAAAGAGGUGUGAAGUUGGGACUUGGAGAUUUCAUCUUCUACAGUGUGCUUGUGGGCAAAGCAGCCGCAACCGCUAGUGGAGAUUGGAAUACAACUUUGGCUUGUUUUGUAGCCAUCCUCAUAGGCCUUUGUUUAACCCUUCUGUUGCUGGCAGUAUUCAAGAAAGCAUUGCCCGCCCUUCCUAUCUCCAUCACAUUUGGCUUGAUCUUCUACUUCUCGACAGACAACCUCGUACAACCUUUUAUGGACACCUUGGCAGCUCAUCAGUUAUAUAUUUAAAAGGGAUGAGUUUUCUCUUUCAAAGAGCCUUGUUGUGCAUCAGGACAAUUUCCAAUGGAUACAAAUAUUCUAUAGCUUCUAUUUCUAGUGCCAUAUAUCUGUCAGGAAACACUGUAAAAUAAGUGUGCGUCUCUCUUCUGUGAUUUAACAGCUAGAUCCUUUAACAGCGGAUGGUAACAUUUGACUGAGAGUGAGACCCAUGCAGAACAAUCCUGUCUGUGUUUUCUGAGAAUUGAGCCGCAUCUAACUUGGCUGGGUUCAGUGGGAUUUGCUUCCUAUGGCAGACCUCUUCUGAACAAGAGAACCUUGUGAUAGGUUCGCCUUCAGGGUUGCCAUAGGUUGGAAAUGACUUGAAGGCACACAACAACGAGUAUGUACAGGAUAGCACCCCUGAUGUGGCCUUUAGAUACCUGGCCUGCCUCUUUCAUGUUACAGUCAAGUUGCUUUUGCAUCAUACUGAAAGUGUGCUGGUUGCAUCAAUACCUCAUGAUGAGAUGAAGAAUUCCACAAUGGUAUGUGAGUGGCUGAUAAAUCAAGCUUCUUCUUAACACUGUAGCUUUGGAUCAUAAUGAAGAACACCUAGGUGGUUGUUUUUAAAAGUCAAUUUUUAUUACUAUGCUGGAAAAGCACAUUUUUUAAAAGAUGAAUGAAAAGCAAGGGCAGGAGUUGUGUUCAGGUGAGAGACAAGUGAGGAUAUUUCUGCAUGGGAGCCAUCUCAAGAGAGAAAGCAAGACCUGUUUGAACCAAAUGGUGCCUCUAGCAGAUGAGGUGCUUCCUUGAAGGCUUCUCCUGCUCUCGUUUGGGUGCUUCAGGGGAACUGCAGAAAGGAAAAUGCAAACAAAUGAUGUAGUCUUGCUUUCAUGGGUUUUACAUGUUCAUCCCUCUCAUCAUUCAAGCCACUUGGAAGAUUCAGCCUAUUUGUGAACUUGCCUUGCUCUUAUCCUGAAAUGAAUAUAUCACAAAGGAAGCAACAUGAAUUUGCUCAUAUGAACUUUCUCUAGCUGCUUUCCUGGAAUUGAACAUAUCAGUGAUCAAAGAAAUGGGAACAUACUGGAUAGUGUAACUGUCUUCACCAACUUGGUUCCAGCGGAUGUGAUGGAUUACAGUUCCUAUCACAUGCUUCUUAGACAGUACAAUGCUAUUGUGGUAUUGAGAGUUGUAGUUCAACGCAUCUGGAGUUGGGCAAUUUAGUAUAUGUGUGCAGAACACUGACAGAGCCCUUGCCCAGUAUUUUGUUGACUGCUUACCAAUCUACCAGGUAAUCUACAAGAUCUCUUGCAUUGCACUGCUCACAGAACAGUUCUUUGUCACAUGCCAUUGGUCCAAAACCUCUAUGAGACAAUUACUUUAAAAUCCAAAUAAUCUAAGUAGAAGUUAUAUAAUAAAAACAGAGAAAACACAAAAUAUUAAGUCAGUGCCCAGGUACAGUUGUUCUCAAAGUUGUAGUCCAUCUCUAGCAAACUCCUCAUUUUCCCUCUUCUGGGACUGUUAGGGGAGAGAAUGACAUCAGGUCAUUGCACGCAGCGACUGCCAUUAAUUACUCUGUUUUGUUCCUGAGAGGAGUGAAGAAAAGGCUGUCCUCCAAUUCUGGCUUUUUUUUCUUUCUUCUGGCAAGUUUGUCUACAUAGAUCGGCUUCUUUACUGGGGGCCUUCAAAGAAAGCUGUGGUCUAACUGGAUUUUGCGCCUGGUUCUUCGUCUUCGAUCUUGCUACCCGCAUGGGAGGUGCCUCCACAGUUGCCGUUUUCACCAUCGUCUCCUUUGGCUUGCUCAGGACUGGGAUCUGUGAUGCUUUUGAAAGGAAGCCUGGGGCUUCUGGCUUGAAUCGCCCACAUUUAAAAACAGGUUUCUCUCGCUGCUCCUUUAAUUUACGCAGUUCUUUUUCAACUUUGUAACGCUGGAGUAUUUCAAGCUAAGAUGCAUACGCUGCUGCAUCUUAGCUGUUGUUUUUGAAGUUUCAUUUGGCUUAGCCUUUCCCUUGGGAGAGUGAUUUUCCUUCAUCUCCUCCAGUUGAGAAAAGUUGUUCUCCCUUGAUGCCUGUGUAUUCACAUCUAUCAGUCCAAACUGCCGGUCCCUGUUAAACUCCUUGUGUCUGCUCUCCUUCUGAAGAAGAGAUUUCCGAUGGGCAAGUUCUCUCUUGAGCAGAUCUUUUUUGUACCAAGUCGAGAAAUUAGUAGCCAUCUUGUCUGUUCCUUCUCUCUCACACACGUCCGACCUCAUUGAGCUCCCGAGCUCCACAGAACAGUUGAAAAGAAGCAAUUAGUUCUGGGUUGUUGUAGGUUUUUUGGGGCUAUAUGGCCAUGUUCUAGAGCAGUUAGUUCUACCUGUGGAGAUCUGCCACCUAGGUUUCCCUUUCCAGACCUGUGCUGCUCACUUUGUCAGAGCGCAUCUAGCAAUAGCUCUUAGUAAGGUCAGGUUGGAACAUCUGGAAUGACACAUCAUUUCUACUUCUGCCAUAUACCUAAGAUAAUGAGUCUCUGUCUACUUUUGUGGAUACAGAGCAAAAAUACAUUAUUAUGUACACCCCCCCUUGCAUGUUACAUUUUUAUUAUUUUAAAACUCCUUGUUUUAAAAUACACAUGGCAAAAAUCAGAUACACAUGGCAAAAAUCAAUCCUCCCUCCCUGCCCGUUUUUUUGGAGUCUGUUUAUAAAAACUGCUUUUUAUAAUAAUAAUUAUAAGGGGCUGGUGGAGAAAUUGAGGAAUGAUCAUGAUAACACAAAACCAUUGUAUUGUUUCUAACAUGAAUAAAUGACAUCUCUGAAA